UCGGCUGUGAGGAUUCAAACUUGAAAGCGGCCGUUUCUGCCAGAGUUGCUGCCGUUGGCGAGAUCGGAGAAGGCACGCGCCGGAGCGGGGAGAGAUAGCGCGCGAGCCCUUCUUCUCUCUCAGACCCAGGUCAGCGAGGCCGAGGGGCAGUACUUUGCUUGAAGUUACUCUCCGAAAGAAAAGAAAGGGGCAAUAUAGAAUGCUUCUUGUGACAAUUGUCGUGUGAUUAUUAUAUUUUGACUACCAAGCUGAAGAAAACCAGCCCCAGUUUCCUGGCACAAUGAUGGAGACAUCACUACGGAAUUUACGGAACCUCUUUGACCAUCUGAUGCGUCAAGUAGAAAUUCUGAAUGAAGGCAGUGAAUACCAGUUUAUCCAGCUGGCCAAGAACUUUGAAGAAUUCAGGAAAAAGUGGCAGAAAAUGGAUCACGAGGUGGCCAGAUACAGAGAUCUUCUAAUGAAAACAGAAACUGAGCGAAGUGCUCUGGAUGUGAAGCUGAAACAUGCCCGAAAUCAAGUGGAUGUGGAGAUCAAGCGAAGACAGCGAGCUGAAGCCGAUUGCGAAAAGCUGGAGCGACAGAUUCAGCUGAUCAGAGAACUGCUCAUGUGUGAUUCAUCAGGCAGCAUUCAACUGAGUGAAGAACAGAAAUCAGCACUGGCCUUCCUAAACAGACCUCAGACUUCCCUUGGUGGAAACAAAAGAUUGUCAACAAUAGAUGAAUCCGGUUCAAUUUUAUCUGACAUCAGUUUUGACAAGACAGAUGAAUCACUGGAUUGGGAUUCUGCAGUAGUAAAAACUGUUAGACUGAAGAAAAGAGAGAAAAGGCGCUCAUCUAGGCAGUUUAUUGACGGUCCUCCUGGUCCUUUAAAGAAAACCCGUUCCAUUGGCUCCACAGCGGAUCAGGGAAAUGAAUCAAUAAUUGCAAGAACAACCCUAACAGUUCCCAACGACGGAGGCCCAAUUGAGGCAAUCUCCACUAUCGAGACAGUACCUUGCUAUCCUGGAAACAACAGAAAAGCAGCCAUUCUGCAGGCUUGGAACAGCGAAUCAAGCCUGGGAAGCAGGAAGCUAGAAAGCAAAUCUGAAACAGAUGGAUCCAGCACUCCUGGGAACACUGGGAUGAGACUUCAUGAAUUUGUAUCAAAAACUGUUAUUAAACCAGAGUCAUGUGUUCCAUGUGGCAAGCGCAUAAAGUUUGGGAAACUGUCCCUGAAGUGCCGAGACUGUCGGGUGGUGGCACAUCCAGAAUGUCGAGACCGCUGCCCCCUCCCCUGCAUCCCUACGUUAUUAGGAACUCCUGUCAGAAUUGGAGAGGGGGCCCUCAUGGAUUUUGUAUCUCUGACUCCACCAAUGAUCCCUUCCAUUGUAGUCCAUUGUGUGAAUGAGAUUGAGCAGCGAGGACUCCAUGAGACAGGUCUCUAUCGAAUUUCUGGCUGUGACCGCACAGUGAAAGACCUGAAGGAGAAGUUCCUUCGAGGGAAAGCUAUGCCCCUGCUUAGCAAGGUGGAAGACAUCCAUGCUGUAUGUGGUCUCCUCAAAGAUUUCCUUCGCAACCUCAAAGAACCUCUUCUCACCUUCCAUCUCAACAAGGUUUUUAUGGAAGCAGCAGAAAUCUCAGAUGAUGACAAUAGUGUGGCAGCCAUGUAUCAGACUGUUGGGGAGCUUCCUCAGGCAAACAGGGAUACUCUUGCUUUCCUCAUGCUACACCUCCAAAGAGUGGCUCAAAACCCUGAUACCAAAAUGGACAUUUCCAACCUGGCCAAAGUCUUUGGGCCUACAAUUGUUGGCCAUGGAGUCCCAAAUCCUGAUCCUAUGACACUUCUCCAAGAUACAAGGAGGCAACCUAAGGUUGUGGAACGGUUAAUCUGCUUGCCCACGGAAUACUGGAGUCAGUUCAUGAUGGUGGAACAGGAAAACAUUGAACCAGGACAAGUCAUUGAAAAUUCAAAUGCCUAUUCCACACCCUGCAGAUCAGAUGUUAAAGUGAGUAUGUUAGGACCACUCACCACUCCAGAGCAGCAACUAGUGAAGACACCUUCGAGCAGCUCACUCUCACAGAAAGUCAAGUCUACUUUCAGCAGAACUACACCCAAGUAAGUCAGAUUUGCAAGUAAAAGCAAGUCUGCAACCACUCUUGGACGCCAGGGCAACUUUUUUGCUUCUCCUAUGCUGAAAUGAACCAUGUUCCUGUUCUAAACUUCUACUUACUGCCUUAAAGCUACAAUAAAACCCUUGAGUUGCGCUUUCACUAUUCCCAGCAACACUGUGUACUAAGAUCAAUUGUGUGUGUUUGUUUUUUUAAAUACAACUUAUUUGAAUUUUAAUGUGCAAUGUAAAGUUAUCUAGAGCUGUAUCACAUUUAAUGUAUGGUUGUAACUGGCAGAAUCAACUCAGCAUGUUUGUAGAGAAGCUCAAGAGGUGGAUUGUUUUUGGAAAGUUGUCUGUAACUGUAAAGCUGCCACCAUCUGUUCUAAACACCCCAUUAUUGUUUCAUUUGUGUGUUGUGACUGUAAAGAAGGGAAUGCAUUUUGCACCAGCAGUAAUCCUGCUUAUUUCACAGAACUAUCAUUCUUUGGGGAAGUGGGUGUAGGAUUGCUGAUCCGUUGUAUUGGAAAACAGUGCAUGUUGAAACUAUACUGGUACUCUUUUGCCUAGUUCAUUUUAGUGAAACCAAGGACUUUCAAAAAUCAUGGGCAUUCAGAACUUGGUCAUGUGUAAAAUUAAAAUCUAGUGUCCCAUUAGUACAUAUGCACAUUCCUGUUUUGAGGUUUUCACUUGAGCAGUGGAGAACAACAGCAAGUAAAUCUCAUGCUUGAACUGAGUAUCUUAACUGUAUAGUUAUUUUCACCUCCUUUGGAUAUCUUACCUAGAUUAUUUAUCUCAAUGGAAGGUAAAAGCACAUAUUGAGCAUUGCAGGCACUCCUAACUUUGUAGCCAUAGCAAUCUCAUUUUACAUUUUACCCAUGUAUUUAUACCUCCUCCCCUUAGCCGUUCCCUUCCAUGGGAAGAAGUUUACCAUGCUGUUUGUUAACAUGCAGACGAAACUCAUUCUUUCCACAAAGGUCUCUUUUAUCAGUUAUUUUUGUAAAAGGCGCUUCCCAUUUGUAAAAUCAUUAUAUAUUGUAUAUCCUGUCACAAAUAAAUCCUACCUUUUAGAACUCA